AUGUCCUCCUUCUCCAGAGCUGCGGGCGCAGCCUUGAGAGCCGUCGGCCGGCGGCCAACAGUAGCUCCUGCCACCACCAUCACCACCACAGCUAAUCGGCCAACAACGGCCACCACCCCCCUCCUCGCCUCCAAGAACAGCCAGAUCCGUGCCUACGUGAAGGAGUCGCGGCAGCGUCCCCAGGCUAGCAACCGGGACAAGAGCGAGCCCAGUCACGCCGGCACCUUCGCCCGUACCGAUGAUAGUAUCACGGUCGAGUACCCGGAGGACCACGAGCUCCCUAGCUCGGGGCCCAUCGUCGGCGCCGGCCGUGCUGGCCUGCAGGUCUACCCGACCCUGGCGACCUUCUCGCUGCAGGGCAAUGUCGGCGUCGUCACCGGCGGCGCGAGGGGCCUGGGGCUGGUGAUGGGCCAGGGGAUGGUGGUUUCUGGUGCUGACUUGGCCAUUGUCGACAUGAACAAAGACGAGGCUGAGGUGCAAGCCCAGGCCCUCAUGGAUCAGUUCAAGAAGGACAACCCAAACGCGAAGAAGUCCCCCAAGGUCACCGCUCACUACGCCGACGUGUCGGACCCGGACUCGGUCAGCGCCUGCAUCGCCGACAUUCUCGCGCAGCACGGCAAGAUCGACAACCUGGUCACGUCCGCGGGCUUCACCGAGAACUACAACGCCACCGACUACCCCAUCGAGCGCAUGCGCAAGCUGUUCGCCGUCAACGUCGACGGCACCUACCUCUUCGCCACCGCCGUUGCCCGCCACCUUAUGGAGCGCAAGGCAAAGGGCAGCAUGGUCUUCAUCGGCAGCAUGAGUGGCUCCAUCGUCAACGUGCCGCAGCCUCAGGCCCACCAACCACAGGCCCUACAAUUCGGCAAAAGCAGCCGUCCGCCACCUGGCGCCGCGUCGUUGGCUGUCGAGUGGGCGCACGCAAACAUCCGCGUCAACUGCAUCUCGCCGGGAUACAUGUUGACGGCUCUCACCCAGAAGAUUCUUGACGACAAUCCGGACCUCCGGAAGCAGUGGAUUUCGCUCAUCCCCCAGGGAAAGAUGGGCCAGCCCGAGGACCUCAUGGGCCCCCUGACGUUCUUGUUGUCGGACGCGGCCGGCUACGUCACCGGUGCUGACCUUCGUGUCGACGGCGGCUACACCGUGACCUGA